GGCUCAGAAUCAACAGUUACCAGUGAACUGACGAACAAGACUCACUCAAAGGAAUCUUCCACUGCCGCCCAGCCAUGAAGUAUCCACUUCUGUUGUUAGGAAGCCUCAGUUUGGCCCACGGACUGGCCUUGUACUAUCCCUAUGCGUACACUGCCGAGGGAUCCGCCGUGUUCACGCCCACCCAGCGCCAGUAUAUCGCCAAGGAUGAGUUAGGUCAGUACUCCUAUGGCUAUUCGGAACCCUUGUCCAGCAAACAGGAGACCCGCACCCUUGACGGAAUCACCCAAGGAUACUAUAGUUACCGGGAUGCGGCUGGAAAACUCCAGACGGUUAACUAUGUGGCCGACAACGAAGGUUUCCAUGUGGCAGCCACUAAUCUGCCAAAGGCCAAAGUUCCCCAGGAGUCGCUUGAAUUUAGUCCCAGGAGCGCGUCGCAUCCGGUAGAACAUCAUGUCGAGCAUCACGCGGAGGUGUCGCAUCCUGUAGUUCAGCAUCCUAUUGGCCACCAUCCCGUUGAAGUUCCACAUCAUCACACUGUUGUUGAAAGCGGACGAAGUGCCCAUCCAGAUGGACACCAUCCCGUCGAGCACCACGAUCACUCCGUUUCUGUUGUCCAGCAUCCUGGUGGCCACCAUUCCGUUGAGGUUCCACAUCAUCACACUGUUGUUGAAAGCGGGCGAAGUGCCCAUCCAGAUGGACACCAUCCCGUCGAGCACCAAGAUCACUCCGUUUCUGUUGUCCAGCAUCCUGGUGGCCACCAUCCCGCUGAGGUCCCUCAUCCUCACACUGUUGUCGAGAGCGGCCGAAGUGCUCACCCAGAUGGACAUCAUCCCGUCGAGCACCACGAGCACCCUGUUCCUGUAGCCCAGCAUCCUCUUGGUCACCAUCCCGUUGAGGUUCCUCAUCAUCACACUGUCGUUGAGAGCGGCCGAAGUGCUCAUCCAGAGGGACACCAUCCCAUCGAGCACCACGAGCACGCGGUUUCUGGCGCAGACCCAUCCGGUUCCCAUGGUGGCCACUCCCAAUUGCCUCAUCCCGUUGCUGAUACCGCUGAAGUGGCUGCGGCCAAGUCCCUUCAUCUUCAACGCGUCCACGAUGAAGGCGUGCGCAACCAGGUGCUGGCCAAGAUUCCAGUUGCCGUGGCUCGCAGCCACCAUAUCGUGGUUCCUGCUCCAGUCUACGGCUACACCAUUCCCAGGUACUACACCCCCGGAUUCUACUACUGAAUGACAGCUGCCUUCGCACUAUUUGGUUCAUCAUUUAAGAAUUUCGAAUUUAAAAUAAAAAUUGUCCAUCA